AGCUACGAUCAGACAAGCAAAACCAUGCCGUCCACUAUGACAGCCUCACAGGAGGCGCACGACGUUCAGCACCUCAAAUCGCAGUUCAAGUUCUAUCCCGACUACCCUAAGCCGGGCAUCAACUUCUGCGACAUUCUGCCGGUCCUGCGUGACCCUCUUUCGUUUGAGAUGCUUAUCUCCCAUCUCGUCAACCACGUCUUCAACCAUACCAUCCCGGCACUGGCCGCGCAGAAAAAGGGCGCGAAGAUUGACUAUGUCGUCGGGCUGGAUGCGAGAGGCUUCCUUCUUGGACCCAUCUUGGCCAUGCGGCUUGGCGCUGGCUUCGUGCCCGUCCGCAAGCAGGGCAAGCUCCCCGGCGAAUGCCAGCAGGCAAUCUACGAAAAGGAGUAUGGCCAGGACAUCUUUGAGAUGCAGACGAGCUCGCUCAAGCCCGGAUCUAACGUCCUCGUAGUCGACGACCUCAUCGCUACUGGUGGAUCGGCAAAGGCGGCGGGUGAGCUCGUCAAGAAGCUAGGGUCCACCACAGUCGAGUAUCUCUUCGUGGUCGCCAUCCCCUUUCUCAAGGGCACGGACAAGCUCGAUGGGCCAUCCUACAGCAUGAUCGACAUCGACUAAUGGGUAGGAUCUAUCUAUUCAGUCGACUAGGUGGUACUGGGCAGUGCCAGUCCAUGGCGUAUCGAGUCUCUUCAUCUCCAUAGAAUUACAUGAUUUUUCUUGCGGCCUCGCGUGUCGACUUGGCUCCCAAGCUUGAUCC